AUGGUACCAAAGAUUAUUUCCUUGAGCCCAACCUUUCUGCACCUGCUGCGGGUGGACAAGAAGACCGCCUACGCCCUUCGGCCGUGCUUUGCGACACGCCUCGACGUGUACUCGGCCUCAGCUCAAAGUGUUGGCGUUGAUGGGGGAUGGGUGCCGUGUGCGUUGGUCAUAGCGCAGAGCGGACAACUGUAUUUGUUUGACAUCAGCGACGGGCGCAUCAUUAACGCUGCGUUGCUGUGUCUUGGUGCAAUGCUGGACACUGAGAAGGUACGUGUCGAAAUCACCAUUCAAAUCUCGCGUGACGUGGAGAACGGUAUGCAGCACUUGUAUAUCUUCUGCAAGCAGCCGCUGCUUCUGACGCAUCUUUGCGAGGCCGGCGGCGGCAAAGGCAGUGUAACGAAGCAAAGCCGGGUGGGUGCUAGUGGCACAGCGGCUGGCAGUGGUGAUGUUGGUGGUAACGAAGCGGGUGAUUGCAUGGCCGGAAUAUACCCUCCUUUUGCGUAUGUCAUGCGUUUUCACUGCAGGAAUGCACCCGUGGCCCUGCAGAUGAUUCGCAUCAUUACCAUGUUCGCGGAUCCAAAGAAUGGAGAACUUGUCCUUCAACAGAUGAAGGUGUCAUUGGAGGAACAGCUGAAGGAUCCUUCUGUAGUCGAUCCUGUCGUUUCUGUCCCACAACAUCAGCAGCAAGAACGAGAGAGACACGGGCUGGUCACAGGCGUCAUGAAGGUGGUUCCUUUCAAACGGGUCCUUCCGGCCUGUCGAUCCUGCGAUUCUGUGUUGCGCAUACAGGAUGUUGCAAAGUAUGAAAGGAAGCGAAUUUCCGCCGCUGGUGAGCGCAUCGAGAUCCCCCCGCCGUUGGACCCUAGUUCCCCCCUGCGUCCCAUGUCGAUGCCUGCGUUCGACGACGGGGAGGAAGAGCCGAGGGACGGCGGAGGCGCCACGGGCUGCCCGACGCGGAGCCCCUUGCUGCGCUUAAGGCGUCCCUCCGAGACAAGUGCUGGUGCCCCCACCGCCUCCCUGGCGCCGGAUCUGCUCCUCACACGUUUUUACGAAGAGAUGCAGCAUAUGCCGCACUUCGUGCUCCCCCACGCGGAGGAUGUUCUCCCCACUUACGGACUCCCGGGUUUUGAGGCGCAGUACGCGAUGUUUCUUGUGCAGCCAAAAAUGAUCCGCUUUGUGGAGCGCUGCGUGGAGCGGCUGCUGGAGGCCUUCCCCGGCAUUCCCGUUGGGCCGCAGAGCCUACCCCUCGCGCGAGAGGCCGUUCACCACGAACUGCGACUGUACUUUGGUGCUGCCUAUCGUGAAUUAUGCGACACAACAAGAACGCGUAUCCAGAGUAUCUCGCCUGAUCAAAUUGCUUUUGAAAAGGAGCGCGUUGCGAUGCAAAAGGCACAUGAGGCGUCCCUUCAAGUGCUGCUUGCAGAGUAUGAGGCGAAUCGGCAUCGUAUGAUGGAGGCGGAGACGCAAGUGUUCUUCGGCGCCAACCAUGAGAUCAAGUCCGUCACUACGGGACAUCCGCUGCCACCGGUGUGUGCGGAGGAGACGACGGAGUGGGUAGCGGACGUGACGCAAGCUUCUGAUGAAUUGAAGAAGCUGCAGUCUGACAUUGAGCGGUUGAAGUGCGCCAUCGCGGAGGACGGUGAGUUGGUGACAACUGCGGUUCCAAUGUUAGACGGUGGGAGAAAGGAUGCCAACAGACAGUUUGUAUCGGUGCAGGAAGAGGCGGCGUGCCUACUGAGCCAGAUACAAGAGAAGCAGGACAUGCUGGCGCGAUUGCAGAUGCAGGUCAGUAAGGAGGACACUGAAGGAAUGAGUGGUGUGACGGAGGAUGACGGCACCAUAGAGAAGAUACGCACAGAGUACAACGUAUCAGUCUUCCAGCAACAGGAAGAGAUUGACCAGCUGAAGCUCGAGUUGCAGCAGAGUGCAGCGUCGUUUGGAAUCAACGCUCGUUGGAUGGAAGAUCAAAACCGGCAGCAGAGCGUGGUGAGUGAAAUCCUGGACCGUUCUUAUCGCAUAUGA